AUGAGUGCAACAAAGCGAGGAAGGUCAGGUGAUGCAUCGCCGACGCUGAAAUGGAAAAAAGUUGUAAAUACUACGGGUCCUACUCCACGACCACGUCAUGGGCAUCGGGCGGUUUCGAUCAAAGAUCUGAUGAUAGUUUUCGGUGGAGGCAAUGAAGGUAUCGUCGAUGAGCUACACGUCUAUAAUACAGCAACAAAUCAGUGGUUCGUUCCGGCUGUUAAAGGUGAGGUGCCACCAGGAUGUGCAGCAUAUGGCAUUAUUUGUGAUGGUACGAAAAUUUACCUCUUUGGAGGUAUGGUUGAAUAUGGAAGAUAUUCCGCAGAUCUUUAUGAACUUCAAGCCAGUAAAUGGGAAUGGAUACGCUUGCGGCCACGACCACCGAAAACUGGCCAACCUGCUCCUUGUGCUCGUUUGGGUCACUCUUUUACGCUUGCUUCGAAUCAGGUUUGUUACAUAUUUGGUGGUUUGGCUAACGCUAGUGAGGAUUCGAAAAAUAAUAUUCCGCGCUAUUUGAAUGAUUUGUAUGUUUUGGACCUCAGCAAAGCAAAUAAUAGUCUACAGUGGGAAUUUCCCGAUACCUAUGGGUCUCCUCCGCCUCCGCGCGAGUCACAUUCUGCAGUCAUAGUAGAAACAAGUGGUGAACAUCGGCGAAUGAUAAUCUUUGGUGGGAUGAAUGGCUGUCGCCUUGGUGAUUUAUGGAUUUUAGAUCUUGUUUCAAUGACGUGGACGAAACCUGAAAUUGGUGGGAUUCCACCACUGCCACGUUCCCUUCAUUCUGCUAAUGUCAUUGCUGAAAGAAUGAUAAUGUUCGGCGGAUGGGUGCCUCUUUUAACACCCGAUAUGAAACUACAGCAAAUCGAAAGAGAAUGGAAGUGUACAAACACACUCGCUUCAUUAAACCUACGAACAAUGUGCUGGGAAGAUCUGUCGUUAGAACUCCUUGAAUCGGCAGUACCCAGAGCUCGAGCAGGACACAGUGCAGUUGUUAUUAAUAAACGUUUAUAUGUGUGGUCCGGAAGAGAUGGAUAUCGUAAAGCUUGGAACAAUCAGGUCUGUUGUAAAGAUAUGUGGUAUCUGGAAACGGACAAACCCGAUGCACCUGGUCGCGUGCAGCUUAUUCGUGCUACAGUAUCGGGUUUGGAAGUAUGUUGGAAUGCUGUACCUACAGCAGAAGCGUACUUUUUGCAAUUACGUAAAUUUGAAGCAAAACCUGAUGAUAUUAUCAAAUCGGCAGCUGGUCUUCGAGUGACUACGACAGGAAAAUCGUUGGCAGGGAAAGUAAUCGCAAUUCGAAGUACUGCAGCUAGUGGACCGCAGGUAAUGAAAGUGGUCAGAGGUGCUUCUCGCGGUGCAGCUGCUAUUAUGAGUCACGGUCCUCGCGGACAUUUUCUCCGCGUUUUACCUGCACCAAGAUUCACCACUUCAAAUCAGGCAGCCAUUGUCAAACAUCCAGCUGCAAAAGCGAUUCUAGUAACUAAGGCACCUGGAGCUGGUUAUACUGCACCACAUAAAUUAUUAUUCCUACAACAGACGAAUUGUCCCACUGCAUCUGCCUCAAAUGUUAGUACUGGAGACAGUCCGCAAUUGGCAGUUGUUGAAUCUGUGACACCACACGUUGUUCAGCCUGGAAAUAGCAGUGCAGAACCGACGGCAAUAGCUACAGAACAUGCACCAUCGAUUUCCACACAAGGAACAACAUAUACUACUCCAGUGAUACCAAAUGUUGAUGUCGGUUUACCACAGAAUCUUCUGGAUGAAACAGCUCCAGAUGGUGAAACUAGCAUUAUUCAAAAUACUGAUGCAACUGAGCAGCAUGUGAAGCAAUCAGCUGAUACUGCUGUUGGUGCUUAUCGUUCGUCUGGAUCUGUUACACAUGAUGCUAGGAAAACAAAUGUGUCGCCAGUGGGUGCAGCUCAUGUGCACACAGCUACCAAAGUUCAGUGUGCACCAUCUGGAGAAAUAGUAACUUCAUCCAAGAUAAUGCGGUCAAAAACAAAUAUGAUAGCAGUAACUACUUUACCUCCUAUUGAUACUCAACUUGAAAUAUCCUCAGCUAGUAACAUUAUUCAGGGAAAAUCUCCCAUGGAAAAGGAUGUAAAAAAUGAAAGUGAACCUGAUCUAGCAAGCAAUGCUGACAAUGUUAAACUAGAUAAAAUUGAAAUUGUCACAGUGGUUGAAUGUAAAGAAGAAGGAACUGAUAGAAAGGAUGAAGAUAACGUUGAAGAGGACGUUAUGCCUGUUAAACAAAUGAAGGUUGAAAAUAUUGAUGGAGAUAAGAAAACUAAAGUCGAUGUUUCUCUCGAUAAAAAAAAACAAAGCGACGACUUACAUUCAUCACGUGAUAGCGGAAGGCUGCAAAUAGUUACUCCUAACUGCGAUGAAAACUCAGCUGAUAUUAAGAAAUCUGAGUCUUUCAACUCAAUAUCUACAGAAACUGCGAAACCAAUAGAUCCUCCGAGUGUGAACAAAUCUGUAACAGCAACAUCUGAUGCAGACACAGAGAUAUCUGCUGCAGUAACUGUUGCAGUGACUGUGAACGCUGAUAACGUAGCGGUUGAAGAAUUUCCAAAUGCAACUGUCACAAAAAAAUGUGGUCCAUCUGUUACAGUUUUGAAAGUGGAAUCCGGUACUGCACAGUUCAAUCGAUCUCAUCGUCCUACCUCUCCAGAGCAAAAAACAGAGCCGGAGUGGUACAACGUAGGAAUCAUCAAAGGGACAAGCCAUCUCGUAACGCACUACUUUUUGCCAUGUACUACUGGCAUGGAAGAUGCAUUCGGGGCAAGUUAUUUGAGAAAAGCUGAACUUGAAGCUGGAACUGCUUAUCAUUUUCGUGUUGCUGGCAUAAAUGCUUGCGGUCGAGGCAAUUGGUCGGAGGUAACUGCUUUCAAAACUUGUCUUCCUGGUUACCCCGGCGCUCCUUCUAAUAUCAAGGUGACAAAGAAUCCAGACGGAGCACAUCUAACUUGGGAUCCACCACAAACCUCUGUCGGCAAGGUGACAGAGUACAGUGUUUAUUUGGCGGUUCGCAAUACUCACAGUCGUGAAACUCAGCUUUCAUUUGUUCGCGUUUAUGUUGGUUCCGAUCCGUUUUGUAUUGUUUCGUUAGCCAAUUUACAUGCUGCGCAUAUCGAUAAGUCUUCCAAGCCGGCAAUUAUAUUUCGAAUUGCAGCACGUAAUGAGAAGGGUUAUGGACCUGCAACUCAAGUGCGUUGGUUACAGGAGCGGCCUUUCUAUCCAGUAACUGUUAUUGGAGCGACUGCAGGUGGUAAUCAUCGUCAUCCGCAACAGCGGAUAGCACUAGCGCAAACGUCACAAGUUCCUCACAAAAGACUUCGAAUUGGUUGA